AUCCUAGGAGUCGCUAGGGUCUGAACACCGAUACCCCUGGAUUCCGAACAGUGGGAGUGAUGCCCAUUCAGCGCGUCCGCGGGGUGCCAGCGCUUGUUGCCGACCUCGGACCCCACCAGCCAUGAGCCUGGAACGGGGAGCCCUCCUCGACGCCCUCGCCCGUUGGCGCCAGGCUUCCUCCUCAAGUGCGCGGGCGUUGCGCACGGCGUGCACGUCGGCCCCGACCAGACCGACCUCGGCAGGUGGUCCAGCGCCCUCGCGCGCACCCUGUCGGAGUCGCGCCUGGCGGCCGCCGCCCCGCCGACGGCCGCCGCCGCCUCGGCGGGACAGCAGCUGACGCCCUCGUCGGGCCAGGGCCGAGGCAACAGCGUCGCCCGAAGCCGCAGUUCUGGCAGACGAACCACUUUUUUCACCGCGCGCGCGCAGAUGAAGGGGCCGAAAGGCAAGCCGGCCAUGAAGCUCAUAGGCGUGCCCAUGAGCAGCAAGGUCGCCAACGUGCGCACUACGCCCAAGGUGAACAUGCGAGACACGAGCAUUACCAUCCAGACUCGUGAGGCAUUCUUCGACAGCCAGGUUGCGGGCAAGAUCACGGGCCACCAGAGGACCAUUACCCCGACGCGGAAGGACGAGGUGCGGUGGAACAAGGCGGUGCACGUGCCAGUGUUGUUGGACCGAGGCCUGGACGGCUCGGGCUCCACCAGCGUGCCGGCCAAGGUGACCGAGGUCAGGGCCGCGCCCUCGCAGCAGCCGGCGCGGAUCGAGAGCCGCUUGGACCCCGCGGACAGGAGGCAGUUCAAGCCCAAUCACCAGUUUCCAUAGGUCACGUGGGAGGGCAGCUGGACCGCAGCACGCAUUAUGACGAUGUGAUUUACCCUUUUGUGCUCGGGCCAGGCCAGGCCCACGCCAGCGCACGUCUGCGUGCCAAUGUCCAGGCGGAUGUGCGCACGCGUGGGCCACUUUUUCUUGGCCGUUUUCCCACUUGGUGCUCUGAGUGUUUUCCUCUCGGGGGUCGUUCUCCAUCCAUUCAGCAGUGGUGGUGCGGAUUGGCACGCGCAACGGUUCUCAUCCGGCACCACUUGUAACGGGUGUCUCAGCGUGCGUGAGGGUUAGCAGAGUCGUUGUAGGUUGUCAAUCUUGCCUCUGCCCGAGA